CCGCAAGUAACAUUUCAUACAUACAAUUACAUUUCAAAAUGGAAAAAAUUGUCUUAGUUGUGCUUUCCGCUGUCAUUUUGGGCGCUUCAGCUGGACAUCUUCAGGACCAAGCUCAAUACACCUUUGAGUAUGGUGUCCAUGAUCCCCACACCAACGACAUCAAAUCGCAGCAUGAGCAACGGAUUGGCCACCACAUAACUGGAAGCUACACCCUGAAAGAGGCUGACGGUACUACUAGAAUAGUUAAAUACAGAUCAGGACCUCACACUGGCUUCGAGGCGGUAGUGGAAAGGAUUGGACAAGCCCAACAUCCUAGCCAGUAUGCUCCUGGACAUGGUCAUGCGCAAGGUUUCGGAGGAGCCACCAGCCAUGUUGGAGGCACCCAUUGGUCCAAUCAGGGACCUGAAGGACACGGACAUUAA